CGCUUCUUCUUCUUCUUCUCUUCUUCUUCAUCCUCCAUCUUCCAUCCUCAUCCUCAUCCUCAUCCUCGCUUCUUGCUCUCUCUCUCUCUCUCUCUCUCUCUUCUCUCUUCUCUCUCUGUUCCUCUCUCGCUCUCGCUCUCUCGUGCAUCUCUGCGUUCAAAAAAUAAAGACAACUUCUCUUCGUUCCUUUUCGCCUGCUCUGCUAGCCGGACGACCAACGGUCCAGCGACGACCGCCACGCCCACGUCAACUGCUGUCGUGUGCGAGUCAUCUCGCUCCAUCACCUUCACCACCGCAAAACCACCUUUCAGAUAAAACUUUCGCCCUCCUCCGACUGCUUUCAUAACUUCUCUCUCUCUCUUUUUUUCUUCUUGGACCACAGCAGACGUUUUCACGUAAUCGUACCGUUGAACAAAAGACAGGCCCGUUUUCCUUCAAAACCGACUUUCGUGCCCCAAAUAGAACCUGCUUGCUACGCUGUAGCCCAGUUUUUGGUCGCUUUCUUUGCUUUUUUCUCGGUUAUUUCGCCCGCUCUUUCGAGAUCCUGCACUCGGAAAAACAUCGCCAACGUCCAACACCCAUAGCGUCCAGCAUCGUUAUAUUCAACAUUCGUCGAUCCUCGUCCUUUGAAAGUCGAUAGUUUUCCUAGGCUCUGUCGGCUGAAACGCGUCCGGAUACUCCGUCUUUCUUUGCUCGUCCUCUUGUGUUUACUUGCAUCUGCAUCUGUUUACUUGCUUGUGUCCUGCGUUCAUUGGUCCUUACUGCCUGUAUUCCCUGCUGGUACACGCUGUACUCGUUUUUCGACCUUGUGUUCUCACACUCUUCGUCUAAACCUCACGCGAGGCUUGCAGAGCAUCCUCGUCACGAACUUCGGUUUUUCGUCCUCCUUUCAGCGACAAAUUGAACCUACGGCCGCGUUGAUUCACCUGUACAUUUUUCCCCUCCUAAUUUGGUUCCAUUACCCUUCAUUUUCUCAUUCUGACCCCUUUAUAUCUUACCUCUUUUUGGCUCUGGUGAGUUCUUACUUCUCUGUCGAUGCAUUUUGACCAAUCGCUAACAGCUCACACAGCCGGAACUCGUAACGGACCCUUCAUUACAUACACCUUAAUCGCCUAAUUGUGACAUCUUCAACCUUGCGAUUUGUCGGACCUACCCGGCACUUCUCGUUACUUAAUUCUCGGUCUAAUCUUUUUCUCUUCACACCACCAACCUCGUUACCCGAUCCAUCUCUUGCAAGGCACUGGUGCAUAUACGAACUAAAAAAAAAAAUAUUUGAUAUCUGAUUGGCUUAUCACCUCUCAAAUCUUUGACGACUACGAGCAUGGACACUGGUGGUCUUGCUCAAAUGACUUACAACAACAUGCCCCUCAACACCUCCUCUCUCGCCGUUCCCGGAUCUGGAUUUGCUUCUCGGGGUAAAGGAUCUCAUAUCAAACGACUCAGCGUUCCACACCCGUCUAAACUCGAUCAGCGAGAUGAUGCUCAUGGAUCCGUCUCGACUCCACGCACAAGCCGCUCUCACCUGCUAGCUGGGUUGAGGACUGCCCCCAAGCAGCCUACCACCCCAUCUACUGCUCCACUGAUGCAGGAACAUCCUCAUCAGAAUGGCUUUGGUGGGAUGCAAAAUUACGGUGGCCACUCCAACGCGUACCUCGGUGGAGUUCCCCAGACUGCUACGGGAGUGUCGUUCAAUCACUCAAAGUCUUACAGUAGCGGAAACGCUGCUCAGACAUACGGGCAGAUGUACUCCCUUCCCGAACACGUCCUAGCUCCCCCGGCUCUCGAUCAUAUUCUUGAAGAAAAUGGUGAGCCCAUGGAUGAGGCCCUAUAUGCAGAGCUAGUCUCUACCAAUUUGUACCUCGCCGCUCAGCAGCAGCGUCUUCAACAGCAGCUUGCCAGCGUUACUGCUGCUGCUCAACAGUUCCAGGCUCUUCACAUCGGAACUCCUAUGCAUUCUACCCAUGCGCAGGCUCUUCAGCAGCAGCAGCAGCAGCAGCUCUUCUCCCCACUUCCUACCAUGGGAUUCUAUCAACAGCAGGCCCAGCAUGGAAUGCAGCCCGUUGUGCAUCCUGUACCUGGAAAGCCCGGCGUAUUCUCAGUGUACAAUCCGAUGACUGGGCAGCAGAGCUAUGUGGUAGACAACAGCGUCUACGAUGAGGUGCCACUGUCUGCUGCACCAACUACAUCGACUUACGAAGACCAGAUUCGCUCUCCGGUUGAGUCUCACACAAGCAACGGUGGCUUCCAUGCACACACCAACGGCAACUCGAAUGGUCACACGAACGGAAACACGCACUCAAUGUUCCGCACUUCCGCUCGUGUCUCUCCACCUCCAGCGGAAUUACAUCAGUCUCCCGUCCGCAAUCACUCGUCAACCCCAUCUACUCGCAACCCGACACCUCCUCGUGAGGCUCAGUCUCAAGUGCUGCCUCAGCAGCAGGCCCGUCAAUCCCCUCCUCUUCAGUCUCCAGCGCCUGGUAUCAAGCGUGACCACAAGAAAUCGCUGUCUUUGGCCGUCAAGCUUAUCAACGAAUCCACUCGAUCUGGUAACAAUGGCGCUUCUACUCCUAAGUCAGCAAUGUUUCCACAGACCCCCGCUUCGGCAGGACCCGGGACCUUCGGACCUGGCCAAAACCGUGCUGGAGAGCAUGCAAUCCGUCAGCCCCGUGGACCACCACCACUUGAGGAACUUGUUGCCAAGCCCACGACGAAGCAUGAGGGAAGCAAGAACUUUGCCACUCGCCAACGCCGUAGGGCAGUACACAGUCUUGUGCGCGCUAGACUAGAGCGGAACACUUCCACAUCUACAUCCAACGGAAACUCGCACAGCACAGGCAGCGUGACUCCUUCCAGUGAGCAUGGAAACGAGCAUGAUGGUGAGGGUGAAUUUUCCUUCUCACCAUCCGAUGGUGAUGCUGAUAGCAGCUCCUCCCUUUCUGGCCGACGAAGUCUAGGGAGCCUGCGUGCCGCUGCCAAUGGAGCCAUUGGAUCAGAAAGGAAGCAGGUUUCUGGCGCUACCAAUAAUGGAACCGGGGAGCUCGAUGCCGGUCGCAGGAAGAUGCCAAUCAUGGUUCUGUCCAACGCGGAGAAAAGAAAGAGCACUGUUAUGUAAACCCUCCUCGGCCCUGGUAUAUGGCGUGGAGAAGCUCUUCAAAAUAUAUUCGGCGCAUAUGACAUGGGACGUGAUUAUUACCUGUUUAUUCAUUCCUCCUUUCUAUUUCUUCUCUGUUUAGGGUGCGUGAUUUAUCAGCCAUUAUGGUUAUAAGCAUGCGUGCGAGCAACUUUAUCUACCACUAAACUGGUAUCUUGAUUUAGCCCCUUUGCUUUUUAACUGGGGAUAAUUCCAUGUUUUCUUGUUCGCUUCUUUGCAUUCGUUUCUGAUACUAUUAUGUUCUUAUGCCUACCUACCUCCCCUGGCCUUUCCCAUCUGUGCCUCUGCGCAUGGAUUUGAGCGAGUUGAUCUCUUGCUUGUCCAUUCUUUCAUCAGUCAAAGUUGUCCUUUUGAUCUGGUUUUGCUUUUCUUUUGUCAGCAGAGCGUUGAGCAAAAGCUAAGCCGGCAGGAUGGAAUGAUGGUAUGGUAUGGCAGGAAGUGGUUUGGAUGAGAUGAAAUUGUUUUUAAUGAAUUAAAGAAAUCAAGAUAGCAUUUGAGUUGACUUGCCGUACGUUCGUAUUUAGCCCUGCAGUACUACGGAGCAAUCCUGACCGAGGAUUUGGGGAAGGCACGUAGCUAGCCGUGGUCGUUGCACAGGAGUACAGUGUACCAUGUGGCAGGCGGAUAGCCGCUCUCUAUGGAGUACACUCAGAUUGGCAGACCUGGCAGCCUGUAUAUCUGUUUAACCCGAGGCUUCGAACCCUCCGAGUUUCGAACUCGAGGUAGGACAAGGACAUUAAUCCGUAGAGUAAACUUACUUGAGCCUCAUCCCGAUCCUUCGAAGCUUAGUCAAAUAGAGUUCUCCCCGCAACCUUCGACCUCAACCCGUCCUAUCGACAUAACAGACCUGUUUCCAUGGAUUCCAUCACCGUUGACCUACUUUAGGAGGAAGAAACUCUUGUAUUUUGCGAGAUCUGUCCACAGAGUAUAUAAACGACGAACUCAAUACCUACUAUAUACCGCUAGCAUGAUUUCCUUCGUUGGCUUCGACAUUGCCCUCAGUAAACAACAGACACUGCUGGACCCCUUGGGAGAGACACUUGCAACCUACUCGCGGUGUAACAUGUUGCAGUUAUUUCCGGGGGUCACUGACUUCGGUUUCAGAAAGAGGUCGCUAGCCGUCUUCCG